AUGGCCACAGGACAACAGACCUUAUCACUCGUGUUCAACCACCUCGCGUUCCCGCCCAAACUUCCUGGCAGUCGGGAUACCGACGAAGAAAUUGAGUUGCUUCAGAAAGAUCUCACUAGUAGACUGAUCAACGAAGUCGGAAUUCUCAAGCAAAAGACCGAUAACGAAGAAACUGGUGCGUGGAGCUCAGUAGACGUGUCGCUGAAAACAUGCAAACUAUUGAACGAGACCCAGUUCAUCAACCAGGAGACCCUUUUAGGUCAUAUUGAGAAUCUUCAGCCAGACGGGGCUGUCAUUUUGAAUAUCGCCUCGCAGAAUGCCUGCGUAUUCAUCAGAAAGUGUUUGGAUACGCAAGAUAUCAUAUUCGAAGCAUUUGAAACGUCUCAGACUGCUGAGCAAACACUUGCAUCAAAAGGAGCCUUGCAAUGGGACUUUCCUGGGAUGGCGGUGGCUCUUCCAACCUGCGAGUUUGAGAACCCAGUAUUUCAGAAAAGUCUAGCAACAUUCAUCGAGAAAGCAAGCAUCGAGACCGUGGAUGAAUUCGUUCCCAAAACGCGAAAAUCAGGUGCCGAAGUUUCCGAGUUUCGUGAUACAGUUGACCCUGCGAUUAUCACUCAGUUCUUGAUGACUUUGUUGGAAACAAACGGAAAUGUGGUAAAUCCACCACUUUUGCGAAAGGGAAUCAAAGACGACGUCUGCUGGGACAGUGCAGAGCUCCCAUGGCGUCGAAGCCCGUUUUGGCUUAUCCUCCGAGUUUGCACACAACGCAUUCUGUAUUUACGCUUAGGUGCAGAGCGUGGGCGGAUACAGUACAAGCUUCUCAUGAUACUUGUCCUAGUAAAGCUUCUGGAAGAUUGCUUCGAUCAGCUGAGCCUGGAAGACAGCAACUUUCUAAAAACCAAGAUUUGUCGCCGUUUUGCAAAAUUAGAAUUCGAGCUUGGAAAUUCGUCACAGACUGUUCGCGAUACUUAUGCUGGCCUCGCAGCAAAUAUCACACGGGUUUGUCAGAAGACUAUCGACACGGCCACAAUUCACUUUGAGAAGACAUGGAGUACUUUUAAACAUGAAAUCCGGCGCCAUGUUCCAAGGCUUCCAUAUAACGCGCAACAGGAGGACUUGCGCCUAAGGAUGCCGAAUAGCUCGUCGUACUUACGCGAAGUGUUGCGUAUUGAGAAUAAGCGGCGUUCGUCGUAUCUUCAAGCCACAGAUCAGAGCAUACCGGGCCCAAGCACUAGACAGGCAGUGAGCGAGCAAUUUGAGUCACUGAGUGAACAAUAUUCAUCGUUAGCCAACAGAGAAAUCUCCAUCAAAGCCGAUGCGCGAGAUACCCCGAUAGAGACGGAUGCAUGCGAGUCUAGAUGCAAGGAAAUUGCCGGGGAAAUCAACUCUUACAUGAGCCUUGUUGGAACAGCGUACAAAAAUCAUCCCGAGGAUAUGGGUAUUUUCAUUCUCUGCCUGCUCGAGCUGUGGACACGCAUGGAUAAAUGUGCUGUGGCUGCGUAUCCGUUUCUGGCAGGCCUACAUCCGUGGUUUCAAGCUGAGAUGUUGGAUGUGUUGCUACUGACACAACGUCAGGACCUGGAGCGGCUCCAAAAAAUCCAGCUGUAUCUAUAUCGACGUUGCGUACAAGCCCAGGACAAAGGGACCACCAUAUUUUCCGAUCCAUCGCCGGAAUGCGUCGCUGACAGGUACUUCGACAGUACCAUCGGAGGACGAAUACACCAGCUGCAGAGGAAAAUAGAGGCGGCAUCACUGGAUUCCAGUAAUGGCCGCAAGGCCCAGCUCGACAAAGUGAAUCGCACGUUUCAGGAAUUGACCGAGAGGAAGGCGGCGACUGCUUGUACCCAGAGAAAGCGACCUGACGGGAGCCAUGAUGAUCGUGGCUGUGAGCAUUGUUACUGUGGACGCAGAAGAUAUGGUCUCAAGAUCAAAGUCCACGAGGAAUUUCUCCCAGCCAACGUUUUCCAGAAGAGGGCCGUUGUCUUUGAACUUGGGAUGCCGCAGUCUUUUGACGCCUAUCGAGACGCUACAUGGCGCAUCAUCGAUACAAUCUGCGUUUCUUCAAGCCCACGAGAAUCGCUCCAGACCCAGAAGGUGCAGCCUCAGAAGCUGCUGCCACAGUAUGGCCCAUUGAACACGUUCAAUAGCCGGCGAAACACAGGACGUAUCACCCUGGCCUCCAGCACCAAGUCGUAUCUCGGCACGCACUACCGGUGGCAGAAACUGCCAGCGAAGUCGUCGAAGAUCCUGCUGCCCUUUGGCAUGAAGAUGGCGUACUAUGACACGGUGAGCCAGAUGUGGUUGAAAGACUUUCCUCGCACGCCGUCGCUGGCCCAUCAUUUUGCCCUGAAGCUGCCGCCGCACCUUCCCUUUUCGGCGCUGUAUGCGACUGCCGCGUUCCGCGCCGACGGACCGGGUCCUUCCUCGUACGAGACCGCCGCCAGCGUCCCUCAGUGUCCAUCGACCCUCACCGUCCAUGAAUUCGUCGCCAGCCAGCAGCUCGUCAGUGGCACGCAGCGGCGAUGGCUGUCCAUCCUCACCGAGCUAGGCGCUGCCAAUGUCAACUUCAGCCUGCUCGAUACCACGUAUCUGUUUCGCCUGCUCGCGAUGCAGGUCGGCCCUCGACGCCCCGACAGCGCUCUCCGAGUCGCCCAUGCCUUCUUCGACGACCCUCACUCUUGCCACAGGCUGGUGGAUCAAAUCGACCAGCACGUAGAGAUCAUCGCGGCCAACUGGCGUGAGACCAACUAUAUGGAAACGAUGCUCAUCUUAGCCAUUCAACUAUGUGCUCUUUGCUGCCGUGAAGCCUCCCCCCGGGCCUACAAGCUCUUGCUGAACAUUCGACAUGUAACACGGUCCUGGGUGUCUACUCUGCGUCAUGAAAUGCGAACUGCACUGGAUGGGGACAUUUCUGAAAAGGCUGCCCGGUAUUGUUUCGUGUCGGCUUUGCUAUGCCGCCGGACAUUCGUGUUGGAGUCAUCGCGGAACCAUGAUCUGGAUGCGGACGGUUUCCAGUGUUUUGUCGAAGUAACAUCCGCCAUGCAAGAGGCUCUAGUGGUCGACAUGAGCAAAUUCUCAACGGCGACGCGCAACAUGCUAACCCGCGAUAUCAAGGCAUCAGUAACACUAUGCUCGCUGCUUCGCCAGGCUGUUCAGACUCUACCUGCUAUUCUCGGAUGUGCUAUCGACGUUGUCUGGCCCAAUCCAGAUGGCGGUGCCCGCAUAUACUCCGCGUGGAGCCUCAUAGACUCUUCAAAUGGGCUAUGGGUUACGUCAAAACUCUCGGCCACGCAGUCUUCAGUGCAGCAGGUAAUACAGUACCACCUCCUCGAGGGCCAUCUGUUGGUCAAUGGCCGUCCCGUGGGCAAGUUACCGGCAGACAUCAGGGAUUCCGAGAUUCUGAAAGAGCUCUUCGGAAACCAACGCUUGAUUUCUUUCCCUUCUAGUAUGCCCGGCAUGAGCUACAUGCUCGCUGCAGCAAAGGAGGGCAAUUAUAUCCACCUAGGGUAUCGGAAUGAUAGACUUGUCAUUCAAGCUCAAAAUUCGAGGUCCGUUUUUGAGAUAAUCCCUCGUAACGUGUUUGUGGCGAGUAACUCAAAUUUUGAUUUACCGGGCUCACUGGUGGAUAACUGCCUGCACUGGCUUGACCUGCAAUCUGGGAUGCUCGAAAUCAGAAGACAUCCGCGGAUCUGGGGUGGUAACACCUGCUUGGUUAAUGUCAAGAAUCAAACAGCUUAUCGGCGACAAGAUGCGUUGGUCGAUCCUCACAGUAAGCUAUUUAAAUUAAUCGCAAGCAUCUUCCGCCACUUCGAAGAGCCUGGGAUGUUGACCGUUGUCCAGCCGCCCUCCCGACCUCUCCGUGUAGAGCUUAGGCGCAUGGAUCUAACAUUUUAUGUCAAUCGGCGUAGCCUCCUCCAAUGCCGACAGCUAUCAGCAGAGAUAGACCCCUCCCAAGAUGGAGGAACAUUUUAUGGGCUUCAGAGCAUGAUUAUUCUCCGCAGUAUUCACAACCGUACUCAGCGCAGUAUCAUUACUCCUCUAGGGAAUAUUCGAUGCCAGCGACACGGAAUGCAUGUAAAUGUGACCAUAGCGAAUGAUGGUUCCCAUGCUAGAUUUGGCGUCGAUAAUAUCCUCGGGCGUCUAUCAAGCCCGGCAGAGCCACGCCUUCUUUAUCACAAGGCACUGUUGCACGCUUUGACAUCAUGUUUCAUUCCCGAUCCAUUAACGCACCGAACUGGAACAGAGGAAGCUCUGUCAGCUUUACAAUCCGGUGCCUACCAGCCGUGGGUACCCCUUGACAAAGAUCGAUGCCAGGUUUUGAGAAUGAUUGCCAAUCUUUCUCCCCAACGAAAGUACUACCCAGAGGAAAAAAGGCUUCAGCAAAAAGUGCACUGGCAUCCAGAUCUGACAACGACAAUUCAGCACGACUCGCUGCAGGGAGCUGUCAACGCAAUUAUUUUAAAAUCUCAGCGCCUGGAUAAUUUUAAUGCACAAGAUUCAAAAAAUGAAGCAAGUGAAACCACUACUGUACCACACUUAAGAGAACGAGCCAUCUGCCGUCGAUUCAUUUAUGAACGUCCUGGUAUUAUAUUCCCGGAUCCAUCUCCUGGUAUCGAUACGCCAUGCACUCGACGGGACACUCUAUCUUCUUCUUCCAGACGACUGUCAAACGUUCGCGAGAUUAUCAGCCUACUGAGGCACCGGCCUACCCGACUUCGGACUACGAAGAACCUAAAGAAGUUGUUGGAUGGGCAACCCGUUAUUGGGGGAUAUACUGCAGGAUUAUCUCCUAGUUCCUUGGAAGAAAGUUUGUCUGCUGAAAUUUCUCACCAAUGGGGCAGAUUAGCCAGGCUGUGUAGGGAUUCUGAGCCUAAAAACGCGUAUCACCUCAUGUUCGAAGUCGGGAUAUUGGCAUUUGGUGAGGAUGUGAAUAUGGAUCUGCUGCGAACAAUCGUUGCAUUUUUCUUGCUUGAUGACUUAAAAGAUGUUGACUAUCCUGGAUACUCCUCCUUCGGUGAAUUUCAAGCCAACGCAAGUCCAAUACUUGAGAGUUUGAAGGAUCUCAUGGUCCCAUGUUGUGAAGACCACGUAAGAUCCAGUCUUUUCAAAACAAACAAGAAGAAGAAGAAAAAUUUGGUCGCGCAAUUGUUUUCAGACGAACAAGUUACCAAUCGAGAGCAAGAAUGCCUGGAACUUACGAGAUCAUUAUUAAAUGAGUGGCCCUGUCCACUACCCUCUGGAGCCAACUUUAAUCCGACGUAUAUUGAUAUUUCUGUUGCGUUAAAGGCUAUCAUUCCAGAGUGGACGCGAUUGUAUCAAAAUCUCCAGCUUUCCGACCAUAUCCAAGAUGUUCAAAGCAUACUGACUCGGUAUUACACGCCAAAAAAUGACAUUACGGUCCCUGAACCACCAAGAGUCAGCAACAUAUUUGGAGGAACUUCAAAAAGGUAUUUCACCAUCCCACAUUUAGGGCGAGACCUUCUCCGGCAGCUAGGACCUAGGAUCAACGCCGACACAACCUCUAACGGGCUUGAUCAGUUUAUGGCGAAGAAAAAAUCACAUCCUCUCGUAGAUUCCCAAGCCAUCCAGUCUCGCUUACGGCUUUCUGAAAUUACAGAGCUUGAGAGAAUUACAGAGCCUUUUGUGAAUUCAUCUUGCCUUGUGGAGUCAAGAUACGGAAAAGAUUUGUGGAAAAGUAUCGCAGCGCUGAAAACGGUCAAAGCACCGGCAAUUCAAGAGGCUGACCUAGACAUUGAAUACAUACCAGGUGUCAUGUGGCUUAAUGGACUUAUCGAUGAAGCUCUUGAAGUCGUUGAUCAUGCGUAUGGACAGAUCACGGAGUCUCUCGUCAGCCGUCAUCCAUCAUUCACUUGGCUACAGAAAGGCAACCUAUGGCCAUCAAUGGCACCCAUAUCCAUCAUUGAGCAGCUCAAAUCAACUUCUAGUUGUCUAUUUGGACGUAACAUGAAAGAAGCAUUAAUCGCGUACGGACUUUCCAUUGUAAACGUCCAGAGACUGAUGCGAAUCAAAGAGGCAUUUGGAAAAGGCGACAAUGCAAGGCUUCACGAAGAGUAUCGGGAUCGUGGUCAUUUGAAUUGGAAUCCAUUCAGCUAUCCAGACUGGCUGUUGUUAGAAAUUGAUGGCAAUUUUCAAAUUCGUGAAGAGCAAGUUACCGUUGCCGAAGAAAUGAUUUAUCCUAGUUCUGGGUCAAACUCAGCGUUGCAGAUGAACAUGGGAAAAGGAAAAACAUCAAUUAUCAUACCCAUGAUAGUGUCUGUGUUGGCAGAUGGGACAUCCCUUUCUAGAGUUUUAAUACCAAAGGCUCUACUUUCCCAAACAGCACAAAUUCUUCAAACUCGACUAGGAGGGCUUCUAGGAAGAGAUAUUACGCAUAUCCCGUUCUCAAGGAGAACUCCAACUACGACCCACGCCGUUUCUGAAUACUUGGGUCUGCACGAGGAGGCACGCUUACGGUCUGGAAUAAUGUUGGCAGUGCCUGAACACGUUAUGUCAUUCAAAUUGAGCGGACUUCAGCGAGUUUCUGACUCUCAAAUAACCGAGGCCGCUGAGAUGGUUUCUACUCAACAAUGGCUGGAAAAAAAUUGCCGAGAUGUUCUUGAUGAAUGCGAUUUCACCCUUGCUGUCAAAACACAGUUAAUUUACCCCAGUGGCGCACAGCUUGCAGUGGACGGACACCCUGACAGAUGGGGAGUCAUUAUGAUAGUUUUAGGUCUUGUUGUGCAUCAUUUAGUGGACCUUGCGCGCGAUUUCCCUCAAAGUAUCGAUGUCAUGCAACACACAUACACAGAGUUCCCGGUUGCAUACUUUCUAAGGGAUGACAUUGCAACUACCCUUCUCCAAAGAGUAGUGGACUCAAUAUUUUCCAGCCAGACGACAAUACUGCCAAUGGCCAAUUUCACAAACGCCGAGAUAACAGCAAUUAGGCAGUUUAUUUCUCUGGAAACUGUUGAAUCCCCAGUCAGUGACCAGAUUUCUGCUUUGCUAUCGGAUAAACCAAAGCUCAGCAAGAAUGUACAUUUGUUGCGGGGUUUAUUUGUACAUGGGAUUCUUCUUCUUUGCCUGAAGAAACGGUGGAAUGUACAAUAUGGGCUGCAUCCAAAUCGGGACCCAAUGGCCGUUCCAUUCCAUGCGAAAGGAGUUCCAUCAGAACAAGCAGAAUGGGGCCAUCCAGACGUUGCAAUCCUAUUCACAGUUCUCGCCUUCUACCACCAAGGUCUCAGUGUCGCGCAACUCCGUCAAGGCUUACAGGCUGUGUUAAACUCUGACGACCCUUCUACAGAAUACAACAGAUGGAUUCAGACGUCGUAUACUCUACCAGAGCCUUUACGAUAUUGGAAUAUCAUCAAUGUGGAUGAUGAGGGCCAGGUCUUGGAAAUAUGGCGACAUUUGCGGUUGAAAAUGAUUGUCAUUAAUCAUUUUCUUUCCAAGUUUGUGUUUCCGAUUCAUGCAAAACAAUUCAACAUAAAAAUGCAAUCUUCUGGAUGGGAUAUACCACUCUCUGGUGGUCUGACUGGUCAAUCUCUUUCCAAUGGCACUCGACCUCUGAGUCUCACUACUGGAUUUAGUGGCACAAAUGAUAAUCGUCGGCUUCUCCCUCUUACCAUCCAACAGCGGGAUCUUCCUGGCCUUGUUCACACCAACGCUGAAGUGCUAACUUACCUUCUUCAAACCAGAAACCGGGAAUACAUCCGAACCACUCACGCAAAUGGUAAAAGAUAUUCGGAAAUAGACCUUCUUAAACGCCUAGGGGCCGAUGGUAUCCAAAUCCUCAUCGAUGCCGGUGCUUUCAUUUUGGAAAUGGAGAACAAAACGUUGGUGAAAGAAUGGCUAGAACAAGGCAAUACUAUGGCCCAGGCUGCAGUUUACUUCGGACCAGACAACAAACCGUGGGUCCUAUACAAAGCCGGGAAGACCGUGCCACUGAUCGCGACACCAUUCGUCGAUAAUAUGGAAAACUGUCUGAUCUAUCUAGACGAGGCGCACACCCGAGGAACGGACCUGAAACUUCCUCCUUCCGCUAAAGGGGCAUUAACUCUAGGCCUAAAUCAAACCAAAGACCAUACAGUACAAGCUGCAAUGAGGUUGCGGCAGCUAGGAACGACGCAGUCCAUAGCGUUUAUAGCUCCCCCGGAAGUUCACCAAAGUAUCUUAGAUGUUCGCCAGAAGCCUCUGGAUAUACCAAUAGACUCAUCAGAUGUCAUCCACUGGCUCUUGGUCCAGACUUGCGCAACAAACCGGGACCUGCAACCGUUAUACUUUGCACAAGGAAUGGACUUUUGUCGUAGGAUGCAUGGGGCGUCGAAAUAUUACCAAUUUUUGACGCGUCCUAAACAUCGAGUGGCAUUUGUCAAAGUUUUGCAGAGACGUGAACAUCAAACCUUAGAAGAACUCUACAGCCCGUUGAUACACACGAACUCCGAUCGUGAGCUCUCCAUGGUCAAUUCAUUUGCGGAGCUCAAGGGAAAUCUUAGUUCUUUUGCACAUGAGCUAGAAGAGAGCUUUCGACUAAUGGGCCUUAACCCGGGAUCGGUCCAGAGCUCUUCCCUAGAAGAGGUUGAACAAGAACGCGAAGUUGCAUUUGAAGUGGAAGAAGAGAGGCAGUUGCAGCGACCAGGUGCUUUGAAGGCACACCAAUUCCCAGGACUUCACCCGGCCAUUCAGAAAUUUGUAGAUACCGGGGUGUUUGAUACUGAUGAAAAGGGGUUCGACGCUGCGAUGGUACUACAAUCCAUGCAGUUGGGAGCCAGGUACGAUACGAGGGCUGCAUCUCUUGUAUCUCAUCUUUAUGUGUCGCCUGAAUUCCUCAGAACGGCACAUAGAAAAAAUGGAAUCAAACUCGGUCAUUACCUGCGACCUGUCAAUUGGCUACUCUGGAGCCAAAAGUCAGAACAAGCGCUCAUCAUUAUUCCAGAGGAAGCAGAGAUCAUCAUUCCUCGACUCGACAAAUCACAGGCGCCAAAGGUUCAUUUGAUUAUCUAUGCCGCACCUGUAACGAAGAGAAUGUUACAUUUCAAUAACCUGGACUAUUAUUCAUUACCCAGGCUUCCUAAAAACUGGAGUCCGCCUUCAUGGCUCCCUUUUGAAGUCGGGAUUCUUGCUGGAAGGCUAUAUUUUGAUUUCUCCGAGUAUGAUCGCCUUCUAGAUAUUUUGCAAUGCAGAGUUGGUAAAGCCAUGGACAACUCAGUCUCCAAAAUUGACAGUGUCUCCGUUGGCCACAAAAACAGCCAGAACGAUGGACUCCUCACUUUCUUGCAGGAGUGGCUAGCUUUUCGCCGUCAAGGGCAGGACAUUUCACACACUCCAAUGGGGUAUAUUUGCCAAGGACUACCUCUUCGAAGUGACCACCCGUUUUGGGCAUUCAAGCAAAUCGAAGAGCCCAAUGGCAAUGCUAACAGUCAGUUUUUUGCACAAGGGGAAGGUUCCGCAAAUGAUCAACAAGAAGAAGAGUAUUACGAUAGUGACGACAAGGGGGCAUUCAUUGCCGAUCAUGCAGAUUUGAUCGAUUUUGACGAGGAGCAUGAAACAGUACAAGCGUCGGCGUAG